CUAACAGGUGUAUAUAAAAUGUGUAAAAAAUGUUUUGAUACUGAAUUAUAUUUUAGUGUAAUUUUUCGAAAGUUUCCUACUCUGGAGAGGAAACAACAAAUUGGAAUAAUUCAUUUGUGUUUCAUUUACUAAUACUGAUAGUUUUCAAGUUCGAACUGAUUGUUUACUGAAACAGGUCAAGACAAUUUGUAUGAUGAGGGUGACCCUUGGAACCAUUGCCAUUAAAGAAUGAAACAGAUUCAACAAUUUUUACCUUGAAAUAGUUAUCAUCACAUAAAGAGAUAAGAUAAUUUUCUAAACCGAACACAUAGUACCAAUACCGGAGGAAAUUAGUGAAAUUUGGUUCGAAUACCGUAGAAUCAUGUUCAAAAGAUUUCCAUUCAAAAAUUCUUUUGUUCGGUGCAAAGUGGAUGUUCGCAUCAAUCGAGUGAAUAGUAGCUGUGUUUCGAAAACGAAUAUAGUGAGUUCCGGUUUAGAUGAUGUGACAAUACCCAAUCUCACGUUACCGCAAUUUUUUGAAGAGUAUCAUGAUAAGUUUCAUGACUUCACAGCUAUAGAAUGCGCUGUCACCAAAAGGAGGUACAAUUAUGGACAAAUCAGAACCAAGAGCUCAAACCUAGCGAAAGGCUUGAGGAAGUAUUUUAAAUUAGAAGAUCAGGAGGUGGUGGCAGUAAUUCUAACGAAUAUUCCUGAGUUUCCCAUAGCCAAUCUCGGAAUAUUGAAGGCCAAUCUCAUUGCAACUUCAGUGAGUCCUGCUUUUACUUCAGACGAAAUAUGCAGACAACUCAUAGAUUCUGAUGCUAAAGCUAUUAUUACAGAGGCUGAUCUCCUGCCAACCGUUAAAACGGCUCUUCAGAAUUCUUCAAAAAAUAUACCCCUAAUCGUAGUCAAAACAAAAAACCACCAAGAACUACCCAAUAAACGUAUAGACUUCCACCAAUUCGUAGGAAAUAAAGUGGAUGAUGUAGUCAUUCCUGAAGGAAAACCAGGGGAUGUGGCAUUCCUUCCGUAUUCGAGCGGCACCACAGGCUUACCCAAAGGGGUUGAACUGACACAUACAAAUCUGGUAGCUAACAUUGUUCAACACAACAACCCAGUAUUACGCUUCAAACAGGAAGCAUCAGGGAAUUUUCAAGAAGUAUUACCUGCAAUUCUACCUCUCUACCACAUUUUCGGUUACAACGUUGUGAUGAAUGGAAUUCCAAUUUAUGGAGGGAAAUUAGUGACUAUGGGAAAAUUCAACCAGAAAGGCUUCAUUACAAUGAUGGAGAAUUACCAAGAUAGUACCAUUUUUUACCUCGUUCCUCCCUUAGUACUACUGCUUAUUGGAAAUAGCCAAAUAGAAAGGAGAUAUCUAAGAAACAUAAGAGCUAUACUCAGUGGUGCAGCUCCAUUGGCAGCAUCAGACGAAGAAAGAUUCAAUCAAAAAUUCGGAAAUCACAUCCAAUCUCUUCAAGUUUAUGGUCUAACUGAAUCUUCUCCAUUAGCUACAGCACAAUAUCCCAAAAAAAUAGAAGGAAAUGAGCUUCACAAAGGUACUAUAGGCAAACCGCUGGUUAACACUCAAAUAAAAAUUGUAGAUAGUGAAGAUGAAAAAAAUAUUCCCUUGGAACCUAACAUAAAAGGUGAACUCUUGAUAAAAGGUCCUCAAGUGAUGAAGGGUUAUCUUAAUCGAAGUGAAGAAACUAAGAAAUCCGUAACAGAAGACGGUUGGUUGAAAACGGGCGAUAUAGGUUACUAUAACGAUGAGGGUUUCUUCUUUAUAACUGAUCGUUUUAAAGAAUUGAUAAAAGUUAAAGGCAAUCAAGUUCCACCUGCAGAGUUAGAGGCAAUUAUUCGUUCAUUUCCUGGCGUUUUGGAAGCUGCUGUCAUUGGAAUUCCUCAUGAGACUAGUGGUGAGGUACCAAGAGCCUACGUGGUACCAAAAACCGGAGAAGUGAUAAACACGAAAAAUUUGACUGAAUUUGUUAAUACAAAAGUAGCUUCUUAUAAAAAAUUAGAAGGAGGAAUAGCUUUAGUAGAUGAUAUUCCUAAAAAUCCUUCUGGAAAAUUAUUAAGAAGAUUACUCAAACAACAGUAUUUGAAUAAUAAAAUAUAACGUGUCAUUAAAA